AUGGCCCCGGCCUCCUCGACGCCGUCUGGCAAGGACAUUGAGGCGCUGAACUCGGUCAUCGACACAAGCGUCAGCCUGAUCCGAAACCUAGAAGAUGCCCUCCGCGAUGUCAUCGAUGCCAACGGCGGCGGCGUCGGUAGGACUACCAUCCACGAGGACAAACCGGACGCCCUCGCUUCUACCCCGGCCGACAGAGAAAACAAGAUCGACGUCUUCGCCCUGGCUCGCGACUCGGCCUCCCUCGUCAAAGCCCACGCCACCAAGAUAUCCCUCUUCAUCAUCAACGAACCCUUUACCCCGGCCGUCAUCUCGAAGACGUUGCGCGAUCUCGUACAGGGCCCCAUCCCCGCGCUUGGCUCUGCCGUUCAGCUCUGCCAUGCCGAUCUCCAUACACAAGUCGUUCGACGCGACAUGGCCUGGCGCUGCUCCCGCGUGCUCAAAGAGCUGAAGGACCUAAUCGAGAAGAUCCCCAAGGACGGCAAGGUCCUCCCGCCUGAGAAGCGCAGCGGCAUGAACCACGCGGCAAUGGAGAGGGGCAGCAUCACCACCACUGGUCUGCUCUGGGGUGUCUGUGAUGAGCUCAUCGCCUUUGCCAAUAUGGGUGUCGUCGGCCAUCUAGUAAAGAAGGCCCAGCAGUUCGAAGAGACAUUGAAGGAUGUGAUGGAAGAGCUGAAAGAGUGGGCUGAAGAGUCGCCCGACGAUGAUGAAGAUGAGGACGACGACGACGAUGAUGACGAGGGCGUCGGUGGACCGGCUAAUGGUAACGGGACGAGUGCCACGAGUGAUCUUGCUGAUCAGAUGGCGAAUACCCACAUUGCCGCAACGCAAGCCAUGGUCGACGACUUGAUGGAUUUUCACUCUGCUAUCCCCCGCGACGAUCCCGACAAAAUAAGGGAACGCCUAGAUUCAACGUUGAAGCGGCUCCGACUCACCAAUCUUCUAUACCAGGCCAUAAUCAAGAGACGACUCAAAAUUCUCCCCAAACUACCUAUACCAGACGGGUCUGAUUCCACUAUUGUCUCCCGCCUGGAUGAGAUGGCGCCACUUCUUAGGCGCAUCCCUGACCGCUUCAACAGUUUGGCUAUGGCAUUCUACGAGCUCAGCACGGCAGAUAUUGAUCGCUUGAUGGACCUGUGCUUUUUUGACGCAUUCGCCCUUUCGGAGCUGUUCACUAAGCCGUGGGAGGGAGAGAAGGACACAUUCACGGACUGGGCUAGGAAAUUCCAAGCCGAAAUCAAGAAGAAUUGA